AGGGCGUACCGCCCUCCAUCGAGAUGGGCGGGGCCAGAGCUCGGGCGGGCCCUAAUAAAGGGCAAGCCGCGCGGAGCUGAGACUGGAGCGUCAGAGCGCUGGGUCAGUCAUCAAUCCUGUCCUUGCCUGUCUGCCGGCGCCCUUCCUUCCGUUGCAGUCACCGAACUGCUUGCUGUCUAGAGCCCAGCCUCGCUACCAUGAAAGUCUGGCUGGCAUGCCUGCUCCUCUGCGCCUUGGUGGUGAACGACUCUGAAGGUCGCCAUGCAGUUGGAGCUUCUGAUGAAUCAAACUGUGGCUGUCAGAAUGGAGGAGUAUGUGUGUCCUACAAGUAUUUCUCCAACAUUCGCCGAUGCAGCUGCCCGAAGAAAUUCCAAGGGGAGCACUGUGAGAUAGAUACGUCAAAAGCCUGCUAUCAUGGAAAUGGUCAGUCUUACCGGGGCAAGGCCAACAGUGACACCAAAGGCCGGCCCUGUCUGGCCUGGAACUCCCCUACUGUCCUUCAGAAAGCCUACCACGCCCACAGACCUGACGCUCUCAACCUAGGCCUGGGGAAACACAAUUACUGCAGGAACCCUGACAACCAGAGUCGACCCUGGUGCUAUGUACAGAUUGGCCUAAAGCAGUUUGUCCACGAAUGCAUGGUGCCUGACUGCUCCGUUAACAAAAGGCCCCCUUCUUCUCCAGAUCAACAAGGGUUCCAGUGUGGCCAGAAGGCCCUAAGGCCCCGCUUCAAGAUCGUUGGGGGAGAAUUCACUGUUGUUGAGAACCAGCCCUGGUUUGCAGCUAUCUACAGGAAGAACCGGGGAGAAAGCCCUCCCACCUUCACUUGUGGUGGCAGCCUCAUCAGGCCUUGCUGGGUGGCCAGCGCCACGCAUUGCUUCAUUAAUAACCCAAAGAAAGAAGACUAUGUCGUCUACCUGGGCCAGUCAAGGCGGAACUCCUAUACGCCUGGAGAGAUGAAGUUUGAGGUGGAGCAGCUCAUCUUGCAUGAGGGCUACAGUGCUGACAGCCUGGCCCACCACAAUGAUAUUGCAUUGCUGAAGAUACGUACCAGCACAGGCCACUGUGCACAGCCAUCCAGGUCCAUACAGACCAUUUGCCUGCCCCCAAGGCUUGGUGAUGCCCAGUUUGGUUCAGACUGUGAGAUCACUGGCUUUGGAAACGAGCAUGACUCUGACUAUAUCUACCCAAAGAACCUGAAAAUGUCUGUUGUGAAGCUUAUUUCCCAUGAACAGUGUAUGCAGCCCCACUACUAUGGCUCUGAAAUCACUUAUAAAAUGCUGUGUGCUGCUGACCCACAGUGGGAAACAGACACCUGCCAGGGAGACUCUGGAGGACCUCUCGUCUGUAACGUCAACGGCCGCCCAACUCUGAGUGGGAUUGUGAGCUGGGGCCGUGGGUGUGCAAUGAAAAACAAGCCAGGUGUCUACACGAGGGUCUCCUACUUCCUGAACUGGAUCCAAGCCCACAUUGGAGAAGAGAAUGGCCUAGCCUUCUGAUGGCCACCAGGUAGCGGAGGAGAGAAACAGAUGGACCACUCCCUUCCAUGUUGCGCGUCACCUCUGCAGCAGGGUCCUCUCUAUCAAAUGUAGGGAAGAGUUGAGAAGGACAGACUCCGUACUGUUUGCUUGUGCUGCCCAGCAGGGUAAGUGCCAACAGUUUUACCCUCAGACACAGGCCUGGGUGCUGGCCACCCAGACCCCCUGACCAGGGUGGAAAGUUGAUCCUGACUCAGGAUGAUAUUGAUCAGGAGUUGUGUUUUUUCUGGACUAAAGCCCAUCUAAAGUUGUAAAAACGUCUCCUGUGCAAGUGUAGGAGGAGAGUUGGUUCCCCUAACGGGUCAUUCAUGAGGUCUGCUGUUGGGAAAGAAAUGAUUUCCCAAUUAGGAAGCGUAACAGCUGAAGUAUUGUGAGGGGGCUUGUCCAGUGUGAGAACAGUGGUCUGAGGAGUGGAGACACUAAUGGCGUGAGGGAAUGGCUCUAGCAUUCCACGAAUGGAUCAGCAAAUACACAUGUGUAUAUGUUUGUUCACUGUGCACAGGCUGUGAGUGUAAGCCUGAGCAAAAGCUGGUGUAUUCCUGUGUCUAACGCAAGUCUAGGCAUUUCCCUAAACUCUGGACUGUGAUGCUGGGACCUCUCAGUCUUCCAUGUGAUGCUCCACGUGAAUGUAUCAUUCUCGGGCGUGACCCGUGACCAGCACUAAAUGUCUGUUUCACUUUUUACAUAGAUGUCCACUUCUUGGCCAGUUAUCUUUUUUACUUAUUAGCCUGGUCAUGCAAUCCUCACUGGGUGGGGUAAGGACCACUCUUAUAUACUUAAUAUUUAAUAAUUAUGUUCUGCUAUUUUAUUUAUAUCUAUUUUUAUAAUUCUGAAUAAAGGUGAUCAAUAAAAUGUGAUUUUUCUGAA